CUAAACCGUAUCCAAAGUAAUUCAUCGAUCUUGCUCUUCCUUUUUCACUCAAAAAGCCUUUACUUUCCAACUUCCUAGCCAUGGAUCAGACUCCUUUUCUUUUGCUGUCAAAUAUUCAAGGCUUUUGGCCAUCUUUGCUAGUUAUACUCACUACCUUCAUCGUUACGGUCAAAGCCCUAAAAGCUCACUUCGUUGAGAACUAUUCAAAGAAACCAAAGCCAAAACUCCCCCCAGGCCCCAAACCAUGGCCAAUUGUAGGCAACCUCCCUGAAAUGCUUGCAAACAGACCUACACAUAAGUGGAUACACAAACUCAUGAAAGAAAUGAACACUGAAAUUGCAUGUAUCCGCUUAGGAAAUGCCUAUGUUGUCCCAGUGACAUGUCCCACCAUUGCUAGUGAGUUCUUGAGAAGACAUGAUGCAACUUUUGCAUCAAGAUCACUAAGUGUGUGCACUCAUCUCAUCAGUGCUGGAUAUUCAUCAGCAAUUUUUGCGCCCUUUGGAGACCAAUGGAAGAAAAUGAAGAAAAUCAUAACCAAUGAUUUGCUUUCCCCACACAAGCACCAAUGGCUUCAUGGCAAAAGGACUGAAGAAGCUGACAACCUUAUGUUUUAUGUCUACAACAAAUGCAAAAGUGUGAAUGACGAUGGUGUUAGUGGCCUUGUGAAUAUCAGGAAUGCUACAAGGCACUAUUGUAGUAACUUGAUUAGGAAAAUCAUUUUUAAUACAAGGUAUUUUGGUAAGGGUAGGAUGGAUGGAGGGCCUGGUCUUGAGGAAGUAGAAUAUGUUGAUGCCAUCUUCGAUUUGCUUAAGUAUAUUUAUGCCUUCUCUCUUUCUGAUUAUUUACCAUGCUUGAGGGGACUUGACUUGGAUGGCCAGGAGAAGAAGGUGAAGGAAACUUUGAGGAUCUUCAAGAAGUAUCAUGAUCCCAUCGUUCAAGAGAGAAUUAAACAAUGGAACGAAGGAUUAAAGGUUGAUGUAGAGGAUUGGCUUGAUGUUAUGAUCUCCCUCAAAGAUGCCAACAAUAACCCAACAUUGACAUUGGAGGAAAUCAAUGCACAAAUUAUAGAAUUGAUGAUCGCAACAGUGGACAAUCCAUCAAAUGCUUUUGAAUGGGCACUUGCUGAAAUGAUAAACCAACCUGAGAUGCUCCAACGAGCCGUUGAAGAAUUGGACAGUGUGGUUGGGAAAGAGAGGUUGGUCCAAGAAUCUGAUAUACCUAAGCUCAACUAUGUGAAGGCUUGUGCAAGAGAAGCUUUUCGUCUUCAUCCUAUUGCACCUUUUAUUCCUCCCCAUGUUUCUAUGAGUGACACAAUGGUGGGCAAUUAUUUCAUCCCUAAGGGUAGCCAUGUAGUACUAAGCAGACAAGAGCUUGGGAGAAAUCCAAAAGUGUGGAGUGAACCUCACAUGUUCAAACCAGAACGUCACCUGAAGAGUGAUGGGUCUGAUGUAGUUUUGACUGAACCAAAUUUGCAGUUAGUGUCAUUCAGCACAGGAAGACGAGGUUGUCCUGGAGUGAUGCUUGGGACCACAAUGACUAUGAUGCUAUUUGCUAGGUUGAUCCAUGGCUUCACUUGGAGUGCACCACCCAAUGUAUCAACAAUCAACCUUGCUGAAUCCAAGGAUGAUACCCUUCUUGCUGACCCACUUGUGGCAGUUGCUAAGCCAAGAUUAGCACCAGAAUUAUACCAACGUUAAAUCAACUUUAGAUUUAAUAUACCAAGGCAAUAAAUACAUGUGGACUGAAGCAAUACAUAUAUGUCCGGUUAUAAUUAUUUAAUGGGAAGGAAUCGCUGAAUAAAGUUAUUGAAUGUAAAACGGAUGUUAUUGUCAUGUAGGGUUCAAAAUUAUAGGCCGUUCCGAAAGAUGAUGUAAUAAAUAAAAAUGUAUUUGAAUUUUUUAGGCUAUUUAAAUAUUAAUGCUAAUGUUGUGUGGAAAAAAAUUGGUAAAAAAGUUAUUAAAUUGAUAAAAAUAGUUAUUAAUG